CUGUUUUGUCUCGCCGUAAAACCUAUCGGAUCCCAGUUCUGCACCAACCUCCAACCCCCAAGUAAAGUUGACACUCAAUAGCGGAUUUCAUCAAUCUCGGAGAAAUCAUGUGCUUCCCAAAAUCUGGAGGAAAAUUCCCUACCCCAGAACAUUGUACGGACAAGACAGGAUCGUCAGAGUAUGCUGUCAAUUACAAGCAGUGGUGCAGCCCAAUCAGCUCCAAAGACUUUGCUCCAGAUCGUCAAGGUGGGGAUUCUCAAGAUGUUUGGAAGCAAAGGUACUCGUUCAGUAAAGGACCUCGCUUUGGAAUUCCGCCAUAUUGCGAUUGUACUCCACCCCCGGAACGAUUCCGCUUUGAAACGACGUACAACCACGACUUCACCGAGUGCAUUCACAAAGACGCUUCAACGCAGCGGCAUCGAGUGGUAGAAGGAAUUCGCCCGCAACGUGGAAGCUUCCUCCCAAAACAGUUUCUCUGUCCCUUCACGACUGAGACGACCUACUCACGGGCCUUUGAUAUGCCACAACGUCAUUACCAGCAAAUUUGCUCCCAGAAUUCUCCUUGCGGGGGUGGGGGAUGUGGAGAGCCCCCUUGUUGUGACAAUGACUGUCAAAAUCCUUGCGGAAUUGAGUUGCGAUUUUCUACACGUAAGGCAAAGCCAUGCUGGCCACGACUGAAGAAAGAGGAUCUCACAAAGCCAGGAACAGACACAUCCGACUGCUGCCGAUGUCCAAAAGAAAUUCCAUGUUGUCCUUGUCCCAAUGACAGUAACCUCUGCGCGGCUUGCUGCGGAUGUGAAUUUCCAUGCAAAUUACAUCAAGCAACGACCACACCCACGAGAAAGUAUCCCAUCAUGUGGGGCACGCCGAGAUACGUGUCAGACCCACGGGUGCCUCCACGGCGUCCGAAACUGCUGUGUGCUGGAGGAACUGCGGAAUGUCCCAUUCAAAAUCAAUUCCCCACAAAGCAGGCAAUCAAACAAGCCAAGUAUCGCCUAAUGGAGGCGUUGGAAAAAGAGCGGUGUAUAUAUCCACCAGAAUGUGUAGAGUCAAGCUACCGAGCCUCAUACAAAACUCCACCACUAAAUGAUGUUCCAAAGUAUUGCGCCAAGGAGCAAAUGGAGGAAGCAAGAAAAAUUGAUGCGGAGGUUGCUGAGCGAGGACUUCCUCCAAGCUGCAUUCCUACGUAUUGCAUGGAUGGUGGGAAACCUCCAGAUCCUCGGCCUGCUUUUGAUCACUUUUCAACAUACGAGGCCGAUUAUGUCUGGGACAAAAAGCAAAGAUUCAAACUCCUUGGUGGAGAAAUCCCUUGCAAGUUUGAGGUUAAACCAUUGUGCUGUCCCAUCAUUCAUGCCUCACAAGUGAUCAAAGAACGCACAGAGGAGAAAGAACGUUGGGGGGAGAACUGGGAGAUUUGUCCACCACCACAGGAAUAA